GAGUUUUUCGCGAGUGUAGCCAAUGGAAGAAAGAAAUAAUUACACAUAAAACCGACCGAGUAAAGCUCAUAGAAUCCAAAAAAUAAAAUAGCUAUUACAUAUGCGUGUAAAUUCUUUCAUGUCCAUAUAAGAGAAAUCCCGAAAAGAAAUUCUUAAUAUACACUUACAAAAGAAAGAUUUCCAAGCAUAAACCAAGGUGUGAUUUUUUUAGUGCUUUCCAAAAUGAAAUAGUUUAACAAGGACAUUUAUCAAUCAAUCUAAAGGCCACCAUUUAUCAUUCCUUGCGAUAAUAGCUAAUGUACUUCAAUAUAAACAUAAUUCUUUUGAAAGUUCUGAUUUUGUGUAAUCGUCGGGUCGCUUGUUGAUGAAUUCGGGUCGAGGAGGACAGCAACGUGCGUGAGAAGUGAAGUGUGUUUACAAUAAUCUCCAACAAUAACAAAAUAUCCAACCUCCAACCUACCUGCCAGUUUGCCUGGCAUUUUACAUUCUAUUUAACGUACAAGAGACAACAAAUCAUCAUCUCACAAUGAGUUCGCCUAUUGUUACCCGACGGGGAGCACAAAAAGCUAAAAUACAAACUAGAGCCAUGGUCAAAUCCUCAGUAGAUAAUCGAAAGCCAAAUGCUGCAUUACUCGAGGCAAAGCGGAAAGCCAAACUAUUGAAGAUGCAACAACCUACACAAAUAGAUGGAGCAAUUAAGGACAUAUUUCAAAAUGCCGUUAAUGCAAAACACAUGAUGCAAGGACCCACUGGUCUGGUAUAUGAUGAAUCUAUGUCGCAACACAGAUGCCUUUGGGAUGAUAAACAUCCAGAAUGUCCAGAAAGAUUUAUACGUGUGCUUGAUCGAUGUCGCGAAUUAAACUUGGUUGAACGUUGUCAGAUUAUACCCUCAAGACGUGCUACAAAAGACGAAAUUAUGCUUUUGCAUAGUGAUGAGCACUACAAACUGCUGGAGCAGACGUCAGGGGUUCAAGACGAUGAAAAAAUGGAAGACUUAAGUUCAAAAUAUGACUCAGUUUACAUUCAUCCGAGCACUUUUGAUUUAUCUCUACUUUCGGCGGGUUCAACUAUAGACUUGGUGGAAAAUGUUGUUACUGGUGCUGUGCAAAACGGAAUGGCAAUUAUACGACCACCAGGACAUCAUGCCAUGAAAGCUGAAUUUAAUGGCUACUGUUUUUUCAACAACGUUGCCAUUGCCACACAAUAUGCCUUGGAUGUAUUAAAAGUGAAUAAAAUUAUGAUAAUCGAUUGGGAUGUGCACCAUGGCCAGGGUACCCAAAGAUUUUUCUAUCAUGAUCCUAGGGUAUUAUAUUUUUCUAUUCAUCGCUUUGAACAUGGCACCUAUUGGCCUAAUCUAAAGGAAUCCGAUUUUGAUGCCAUAGGCUAUGGUCCUGGCUUGGGUUAUAAUUUUAACUUACCUUUGAACAAAACUGGCAUGACUAAUGGAGACUAUUUGGCCAUCUUCCAACAAAUACUAAUACCUGUGGCAUGUGAAUUCCAGCCUGAGUUGAUAAUUAUCUCUGCGGGAUAUGAUGCCGCUUUGGGUUGCCCUGAAGGCGAAAUGGAAGUAACACCUGCAUUUUAUUCGCAUCUUAUAAAUCCCUUGCUAAAGUUGGCGAAUUCACGUUUGGCCGUUGUUCUAGAGGGAGGUUAUUGCUUGGAUUCCUUGGCAGAAGGUGCUGCCUUAACAUUGAGGGCGCUUUUGGGAGAACCAUGUCCUUCUUUAGUGGAGAAAUUGGAUCCUCCCUGUCCCUCUAUACAAGAGUCAAUUCUUAAUUGCAUUUACGCUCAUCGUUCAUAUUGGAAAUGCUUGCAAGCACAAGACACAUAUACAAUGGAGGACAUAAACAAUGUCAAUCCUCAAAUCAAUUUACAUAAAGUUAGUAGGGUAUUUAUAGGGGGACCACCAUUGCCUGAACGCUUCCCCACCCGAGGUACUGGCCCCAAUAUUCCCCUGGAGGUGGUGGAGCGUAAUGCACAACGUUUGAAGAGAUUAAAAGCGGAAACAAAACUCUUUUCACCAAAAGUGCGAGUCUGCUAUGUAUACGAUGAACUAAUGUUGCAACAUGCCAAUACCUACGAAGAGGGUCAUCCUGAGCAACCUGAACGCAUAAGUAAAAUUUACGAAAUGCAUCAAGACUACAAACUAUUGGAACGCAUGCAAAAACUGCCUUCUCGCUCGGCAACGACAAAUGAAAUUUGUUUGGCCCACACACGAUCUCACCUGAAUUCUAUACGGCGCAUAGGGGAGAAGGACGAAUUGCAAAACAUGGGGGCCAAAUUCAAUUCCGUCUAUUUUCAUCCUAAGACAUUCGAGUGUGCGACUGUAGCUGCGGGCUCAGUGCUGCAGGUGGUUGACAAAGUUGUUAAGGGAGAAGCUAGAAGUGGUGUUUGCAUUGUUAGACCCCCAGGCCAUCAUGCAGAAUCAGAUGUUCCGCAUGGCUUUUGCAUAUUCAAUAAUGUGGCAAUUGCCGCCCAGUAUGCCAUCAAUGACCAUGGCUUAAACAGGGUGUUAAUUGUCGACUGGGAUGUGCAUCAUGGUAAUGGUACUCAGCAUAUAUUUGAAUCCAAUCCCCAGGUACUUUACAUAAGUGUGCAUCGGUAUGACAAUGCAACAUUUUUUCCAAAAAGUAAAGAUGGUGAUUAUGAUUCGGUGGGUAAAGGUGCUGGGGUUGGUUUCAAUGUGAACAUUCCCUGGAACAAGAAAGGGAUGGGCGAUUUGGAAUAUAUCAUGGCUUUCCAGCAUAUUAUCAUGCCAAUUGCUUAUGAAUUUGAUCCUCAAUUGGUCUUGGUAUCAGCUGGAUUUGAUGCUGCCAUAGGUGACCCCCUUGGUGGCUGUAAAGUAACACCCGAAGCUUAUGGUUUAUUCACACACUGGCUAUCGGCUUUGGCUAAUGGCCGCAUCAUAGUUUGCCUUGAGGGUGGCUACAAUGUCAAUUCCAUAUCGUAUGCCAUGACAAUGUGCACCAAAUCCUUGUUGGGUGAUCCCAUACCAUCAGUGCAAUUAAACGGCAGUCUUAUGCGUCCGCCCACAGUAGCCUAUCUCAGCUGCAUGGAAACCUUGCAAAAUUGCAUUGGAGUUCAACAUCGCUAUUGGAAAAGUCUAACCUUUGGCAAACGGCUGCCACAGGUGUCGGGAGAAAAUAACAAUGAGGAUUUUCUUUCUGCUACUUUACAAAAUUUAGAUAUUACAAGGGAUGACGUUCAAGGAGCAGCUGGUGGUUCCGGCGACUCCGGUCAGAAUAUAUCUUUAGAGGCAAGUGGCAGCAAACCGAAGGUAAAAGUCAAAACUCUAACCGAAUAUCUCACAGAGCACAUGCAGGCUUUUGAAAAUAAUGAAAUGUUUGCUGUGGUGCCAUUAAAGAAUUGUCCUCAUUUGUCCCAGUUGCAUCCCGAAGAUGCGCCAAAAUCAAUAAAUACGAGUCUACCAUGUAAUGAAUGUUCCUCGACAGCUGAAAACUGGAUGUGCCUCAGCUGUCAUAAGGUGUUGUGCGGUCGUUAUGUUAUGGAGCAUAUGAUGUUCCACAAUAUUGAAACAUCCCAUCCGCUGGCUCUAAGCUUUAGUGAUUUAUCCGUCUGGUGUUAUCCCUGCGAAUCAUAUAUUGAUAAUAGCAAAUUACACAUUUACAAAAAUCUGGCACAUUUGCAUAAGUUUGGUGAGGAAAUGCAAUGGGCCUAUGAUGAUGAUAGUCAUUCAAACCACAGACAUCCAAAUAAUGGUAGUGACAGCGACGACGAUGAUGAGGAUGAUGAGAAUAACCAUCAAGCAGGUUGCAACAGAGCAUUUGGAACGCAACAAAAUAGUUAUUACAUACAAUUGAAUACGGAUACGAAUAACUGACAUUUGCUUACUGUACUGGUCGAGACAGUACAGAAUCAUUUGUGCCUUUUGUUUCCGUCUCUGCGACCAGUUUUUCAAUUUCUUCUACAGUACAUAUGCCCCUUGGUGCAACGCCUAUGUGCAAAUAUAUUGCACUACUUUAUGGCGAAUUGAUAAUAAGACAUUAUAGUAACGUUUUAAAUGAAUUUGACUAUAAUAUCCUUUUUUUACAUGUAAGGUCCCUGACUAGCAAAUUAAGUAUGUAGUUGUUUGCUAACAACAAAACCUAACUAAUAAUAAUAUUAAUAGUAAUACCAAUAAUUAUAAUAACUGUUAUAUUGUAAAUCUAUAUGUUUCUGUUAUACUGCAUUUUCCCUCCUCUGAACAAUGAAGGCUUUGUAAAUUUUCCCUGUUGAAUUAGUAUUAUUGGAUUAAAAUUGGACUCCUCUUUCUAACUAAAAUUUUAAAAAUCAAACAGAAUUAUAUAUUUUUUUCUUAAUUUUAUUUUAAUUUUUUUUUAAAUUGUUGUUUUAUUUCAAUCUAACGACUACUGACAACAUAAUUUAGAUGGAUCCAAUUAGGUAAUAUAAAAAUAUAUAGUAGUAACUAAUAUCAUGAUUUUAAUCGUGUAGUUCGAAUGUAAAUUAAUAUAACGUAAACAAAAUUAGCAUUAAUCACUUCCAUACACAUCUAAAUGCGUACAUUCAUACCCACCCCUCAAUUUAACUGACCAUAACAUAUAAGAAUACAUAUAUUUUUUAAGUUAAAAUAUUAUCUACUAUGAUUGAUGAAAUGUAAAAUUAUAUUGUUUUUUUUUUUUUUGUUAACAUAAAACAAACAAAACCGAAGCAUUAGCAUUAUAUUGUAUAUGGACGAAUAAACAAAUCAUUACAUGUCCUAAUCGAAAA